GAGUCCGGAGUGAACUCCCCAGCCUCGGCCAGGGGUGGGGGAGCCGGGAGCCGCGCGGAACAGUGUUCCGCGUGGUCCUAAGGGUUAAAGUUGUGAGGUUAAUUGGUUCUGGCUGUGGGAGAAGUCCCGGCCCCUCCGGAGCUCCGAGGUCCCCACCGUCCCACGCCAGGACUGGGGCAGUGUUGGUCCCUGUCAUCUCCUCCGGGGCUUGAGUGUGGUGGGGAGGGGAGGUCGGUAGGGUGGUUGAGAAGCUGCCACCCCCGGAAAUUAAUUUUCCUGUUUUUCUCUCCCCUUCCUGCCCUGCCUCUGGUCCCUGUGGACAAGGCGGCCCCCACGCCAGGUCCAAGACCCCCUCCUCGCCGCAUCUUCCCCCGUGGGCCACAGAUGCUCUUCCGCAGCCGAACGGCGGCGCGGCCCUUGCUGCUCAGCCACUCUCCCCACACUGAGGCCUAGGACUCCCCACACCCCCGGCGCAGCCCCUAGGCCCCCGCCUUGCCGCGCGGCCCUCGCCCUUCGCACCAACCCCACCCCUCACCCCUCACCCCGGGACCCCGCAAAGUGCCCCUCGCCCUCGGCUGGCUCUGAGCCCUCCCGGCCCCCGCCUCCGGCGCAGCCCCCUUGCCACCCCCGCUUCCCUCGCCGCUCAGGCCCCCUCCCCCCGCCGCCCCCGCCCCCGGGGAAGGCAGGCGCCGAGCGGAGCCGGGGCCGAUGCAGCUGAGCCGCGCCGCCGCCGCCGCCGCCGCCGCCGCCCCUGCGGAGCCCUCGGCGCCGCUGUCCCCCGUGCCGGCCCCGGCCCCCCCCGGCCCCCUCCCGCGCAGCGCGGCCGACGGGGCUCCGGUGGGGGGGCAGGGGGGGCCGGGGCGCCGCGAGGAGCCCCGGGGCGCCCAGCUCCCGGCCGCGAGCGGCCACGGCCCGGGCGCGGGGAUGGACGGCCCCGGGGCCAGCGCCGUGAUCGUGCGCGUCGGCAUCCCGGACCUUCAGCAGACGAAGUGCCUGCGCCUGGACCCGGCCGCGCCGGUGUGGGCAGCCAAGCAGCGCGUGCUCUGCGCCCUCAACCACAGCCUCCAGGACGCGCUCAACUACGGGCUCUUUCAGCCGCCCUCCCGGGGCCGCGCGGGCAAGUUCCUGGACGAGGAGCGGCUCCUGCAGGAAUACCCGCCCAACCUGGACACGCCCCUGCCCUACCUGGAGUUUCGUUACAAGCGGCGAGUUUAUGCCCAGAACCUCAUUGAUGAUAAGCAGUUUGCAAAGCUUCACACAAAGGCGAACCUGAAGAAGUUUAUGGAAUACGUCCAGCUGCACAACACGGAAAAGGUGGCACGCCUGCUGGACAAGGGGCUGGACCCCAAUUUCCACGAUCCUGACUCAGGAGAGUGUCCUCUGAGCCUUGCGGCCCAGCUAGACGAUGCCACGGACCUGCUGAAGGUGCUGAGGAACGGCGGUGCUCACCUGGACUUCCGCACCCGCGACGGGCUCACUGCUGUGCACUGUGCCACGCGCCAGCGGAAUGCGGCGGCCUUGACGACCCUGCUGGACCUGGGCGCUUCCCCUGACUACAAGGACAGCCGCGGCCUGACGCCCUUGUACCACAGCGCCCUGGGUGGGGGAGACGCCCUCUGCUGUGAGCUGCUCCUGCACGACCAUGCUCAGCUGGGGACCCCUGACGAGAACGGCUGGCAGGAGGUCCACCAGGCCUGCCGCUUUGGGCACGUGCAGCACCUGGAACACCUGCUGUUCUACGGAGCCAACAUGGGGGCUCAGAACGCCUCGGGGAACACGGCCCUGCACAUCUGCGCCCUCUACAACCAGGAGAGCUGUGCCCGCGUCCUGCUUUUCCGGGGAGCCAAUAAGGAUGUCCGCAAUUAUAACAGCCAGACAGCCUUCCAGGUGGCCAUCAUAGCAGGGAACUUUGAGCUUGCGGAGGUCAUCAAGACUCACAAAGAUGCGGAUGUUGUACCAUUCAGGGAAACCCCCAGCUAUGCGAAGCGGCGGCGGCUGGCCGGCCCUAGCGGCCUUGCCUCUCCUCGGCCCCUGCAGCGCUCAGCCAGUGACAUCAACCUGAAGGGUGAGGUGCAGCCAGCAGCUUCUCCUGGACCUUCACUGCGAAGCCUCCCCCACCAGCUGCUGCUCCAGCGGCUGCAGGAAGAGAAAGACCGGGACCGGGACGGUGACCAGCAGAGUGACGGCAGUGGCCCUGCAGCAGGCAGGGGCGGCCAGAGUAAGAUCAGCCCGAGCGGUCCCGGCGGCCCCGGCGGCCCCGGCCCCGCGCCCGGCCCUGGCCCGGCGCCCCCCGCGGCCCCCGCGCCGCCGCCCCGGGGCCCGAAGCGGAAACUUUACAGCGCUGUCCCCGGCCGCAAGUUCAUCGCCGUGAAGGCGCACAGCCCGCAGGGCGAGGGCGAGAUCCCGCUGCACCGCGGCGAGGCCGUGAAGGUGCUCAGCAUUGGGGAGGGCGGUUUUUGGGAGGGGACCGUGAAAGGCCGCACGGGCUGGUUCCCGGCUGACUGCGUGGAGGAGGUGCAGAUGAGACAGUAUGACACGCGGCACGAAACCCGGGAGGACCGGACGAAGCGACUUUUCCGCCACUACACGGUGGGCUCCUAUGACAGCCUCUCUGCACACAGCGAUUAUGUCAUUGACGACAAGGUGGCUGUCCUGCAGAAACGGGACCACGAAGGCUUCGGCUUUGUGCUCCGGGGGGCCAAAGCAGAGACCCCCAUCGAGGAGUUCACGCCCACGCCGGCCUUCCCCGCGCUUCAGUAUCUCGAGUCGGUGGACGUGGAGGGCGUGGCCUGGAGGGCCGGGCUGCGCACGGGGGACUUCCUAAUCGAGGUGAAUGGAGUGAACGUGGUGAAGGUCGGGCACAAGCAGGUGGUGGCUCUGAUCCGCCAGGGCGGGAACCGCCUCGUCAUGAAGGUGGUGUCAGUGACGAGGAAGCCCGAAGAAGAUGGGGCUCGGCGCAGAGCCCCGCCGCCCCCUAAGAGGGCCCCCAGUACCACGCUGACCCUGCGCUCCAAGUCCAUGACGGCGGAGCUUGAGGAGCUUGAGAAGCUGGACGAGAUCCUGGCAGCCGCCACGGAGCCGGCGCUGAGGCCAGACAUCGCGGAUGCUGACUCGAGAGCUGCCACCGUCAAACAGCGGCCCACCAGUCGGCGGAUCACCCCCGCUGAGAUCAGCUCACUGUUUGAGCGCCAGGGCCUCCCAGGCCCAGAGAAGCUGCCAGGCUCCCUGCGGAAGGGGAUUCCACGGACCAAGUCUGUAGGGGAAGAUGAGAAGCUGGCGUCCUUGCUGGAGGGGCGCUUCCCGAGGAGCACGUCGAUGCAGGAUUCAGUGCGCGAGGGCCGAGGCAUCCCGCCCCCGCCGCAGACCGCCCCGCCGCCCCCGCCCGCACCCUACUACUUCGACUCCGGGCCGCCCCCCGCCUUCUCGCCGCCGCCUCCGCCGGGCCGCGCCUACGACACCGUUCGCUCCAGCUUCAAGCCCGGCCUGGAGGCGCGCCUGGGCGCGGGCGCCCCGGGCCUGUAUGAUCCCGGCGCGGCCCUGGGGCCGCUGCCCUACCCGGAACGGCAGAAGCGCGCGCGCUCCAUGAUCAUCCUUCAGGACUCGGCGCCCGAGGCAGGCGACGUCCCCCGGCCCCCGCCGGCGGCCACUCCGCCGGAGCGCCCGAAGCGUCGGCCGCGGCCGCCCGGCCCCGACAGCCCUUACGCCAACCUCGGCGCCUUCAGCGCCAGCCUCUUCGCGCCGUCCAAGCCUCAGCGCCGCAAGAGCCCGCUGGUGAAGCAGCUGCAGGUGGAGGACGCUCAGGAGCGCGCGGCCCUGGCCGUGGGAAGCCCUGGCCCGGCGGGCGGCAGCUUCGCCCGGGAGCCCUCCCCGACACACCGCGGGCCUCGGCCGGGCGGCCUCGACUACAGCCCCGGAGACGGCCCCGGGCUCGCGUUCGGCGGCCCGGCCCCAGUCAAGGACCGGCGGCUGGAGGAGCGGCGGCGCUCCACCGUCUUCCUGUCCGUGGGAGCCAUCGAGAGCAGCCCUCCGAGCGCAGAUGUGCCCUCCCUGCAGCCCUCCCGCUCCAUCGACGAGCGCCUGCUGGGCGCCGGCGCCGGCGCCGCCCCCGCCACCGGCCGUGACCUGCUGCUGCCCUCCCCGGUCUCCGCUCUGAAGCCGCUGGUUGGCGGCCCGAGCCUUGGGCCUUCGGGCUCCACAUUCAUCCACCCGCUCACCGGCAAACCCCUGGACCCCAGCUCACCCCUGGCCCUUGCCCUGGCCGCCCGGGAGCGGGCUCUGGCCUCCCAGGCGCCCUCCCGGUCCCCCACGCCGGUGCACAGCCCUGACACCGACCGCCCCGGGCCCCUGUUUGUGGAUGUGCAGGCUCGUGACGCCGAGCGAGGGCCCCUGGCCUCCCCAGCCUUCUCCCCGAGGAGCCCAGCCUGGGUUCCUGUGCCUUCCCGCAGGGAAGCCGAGAAAGCUCCCCGGGAGGAGCGGAAGUCGCCGGAGGACAAGAAGUCCAUGAUCCUCAGUGUCCUCGACACAUCCCUGCAGCGGCCGGCCGGCCUCAUCGUCGUGCACGCCACCAGCAAUGGGCAGGAGCCCCGCGGGCUGGGGGCCGAAGAGGAGCGCCCGCGCACCCCAGAGCUGGCCCCGGCCCCCGCGCAGUCGGCCGUGGUGGCAGAGCCCCUGCCGAGCCCCCGGGCCCAGCCUCCUGGCAGCACCCCGGCAGACCCCGGGCUGGGCCAGGGCAGCUCAGAGGAGGAGCCGGAGCUGGUGUUCGCCGUGAACCUGCCGCCGGCCCAGCUGUCCUCCAGCGACGAGGAGACCAGGGAGGAGCUGGCCCGCAUCGGACUCGUGCCGCCUCCCGAAGAGUUUGCCAACGGGCUCCUGGCCACCCCUCUCCCUGGCCCAGGCCCCUCGCCCGCCACGCUGCCAGGCCCGGCCUCAGGGAAGCCGAGCAGCGAGCCGCCCCCUGCCCCCGAGUCCGCAGCCGAUUCGGGGGUGGAGGAGGCCGACACGCGCAGCUCCAGCGACCCCCACCUGGAGACCACGAGCACCAUCUCCACGGUGUCCAGCAUGUCCACCCUGAGCUCGGAGAGCGGGGAACUCACCGACACCCACACCUCCUUCGCCGACGGACAUACUUUUCUACUCGAGAAGCCACCAGUGCCUCCCAAGCCCAAGCUCAAGUCCCCGCUGGGGAAGGGGCCGGUGACCUUCAGGGACCCGCUGCUGAAGCAGUCCUCGGACAGUGAGCUCAUGGCCCAGCAGCACCGUGCCGCCUCCGCCGGCUUGGCCUCUGCUGCCGGGCCCGCUCGCCCUCGCUACCUCUUCCAGAGAAGGUCCAAGCUGUGGGGGGACCCCGUGGAGAGCCGGGGGCUCCCCGGGCCCGAAGACGACAAACCAACUGUGAUCAGCGAGCUCAGCUCCCGCCUGCAACAGCUGAACAAAGACACCCGCUCCCUGGGGGAGGAGCCAGUUGGUGGCCUGGGCGGCCUGCUGGACCCUGCCAAGAAGUCGCCCAUCGCGGCAGCUCGGCUCUUCAGCAGCCUCGGUGAGCUGAGCUCCAUCUCAGCGCAGCGCAGCCCUGGGGGCCCGGGCGGCGGGGCCUCCUACCCGGUGCGGCCCGGCGGCCGCUACCCAGUGGCGCGGCGCGCCCCGAGCCCAGUGAAGCCCGCGUCGCUGGAGCGGGUGGAGGGGCUGGGGGCGGGCGCGGGGGGCGCGGGGCGGCCCUUCGGCCUCACGCCCCCCACCAUCCUCAAGUCGUCCAGCCUCUCCAUCCCGCACGAGCCGAAGGAGGUGCGCUUUGUGGUGCGCAGUGUGAGCGCGCGCAGCCGCUCGCCCUCGCCUUCGCCGCUGCCCUCGCCAGCGCCUGGCCCCGGCCCCGGGGCCCCCAGCCCGCGCCGGCCCUUCCAGCAAAAGCCCCUGCAACUCUGGAGCAAGUUCGACGUGGGCGACUGGCUGGAGAGCAUCCACUUGGGCGAGCACCGCGACCGCUUCGAGGACCACGAGAUCGAGGGCGCGCACCUGCCGGCGCUCACCAAGGACGACUUCGUGGAGCUGGGCGUCACGCGCGUGGGCCACCGCAUGAACAUCGAGCGCGCGCUCAGGCAGCUGGACGGCAGCUGACGCCCCCCCCACCCCCCCCACGCCCCGGCCGCGCCCUGCCGGCAGGGCCCCCCACCUCCGCCCCCGGGCCGCGGGCUCGGCCCGCCCCCUAGCCCCCACCCCAACGGCGCCCGGGCCAGGAAUGUUGCAUGAAUCGUCCUGUUUGCUGUUGCUCGGAGACUUGCCCUGUACAUUGCUUGGUGCCCUCCCAGGCCGUCGAGCCCCACCCAGCACACGGGUCAGUUCUGCUUCACCCCUCCUUUUGUAUGGAGUUCCAGCUGGGGGAUUUCACCCCCUGCUCCAGU